AUGUGUGGGAGGAUUGGUGAUGAGUCUCCUUACAAAUGUCAUGAAUGUAAUAUUGCCUACCAUGUUGAUUGCGUAUGGAAUCUGUGGAAGGUAAAACAACCGUCGGAGGUAAACCACCCUUACCACUCUUUACACCCUCUUAAGCUCUUUAAGGGUCAACCACCAGAUUAUUCUGAUGGAAAAUGUCGUCUUUGUGGAAGUCAGAUUGAUGAUGGAUUGUUCUAUCAUUGUUCUUCUUGUAACUUCAGUUUGGAUAUGCGUUGUGUUUUAUACCCACCACCACAAUCUCUUGUGGAUUUGAAAGCUCAUGAUCACCAACUCACCCUUCUCCCAAGACUCGAUUCUUUUACAUGUAAUGCUUGCAGCCUCAAGGGAGAUCGAAGCCCUUACGUAUGUUUUCAAUGUGGUUUCAUCAUUCAUCAAGACUGUCUUACUCUUCCACGCAUCAUAAACAUCAAUCGGCAUGAUCAUCGUGUUUCUCGCACUUCUGUUCUUGGUGUUGUCAAUUCUGUUUGUGGAGUUUGUCGCAAAAAAGUGGAUUGGACUUGUGGGGGUUAUGCGUGUCAGAAGUGUCCUGGCUAUGUCGUUGCUACAAGAAAAGAUGUUUGGAACGGGAAAGAACUCGAAGGAGUACCUGAAGAAAUAGAAGAUACAGAGCCAUAUGUGGUAAUAGAUGACAACACUAUACAACAUUGCAGCCACAAAGAACAUUACCUAAGACUCAAGGGUAAUGGUCUUCUAUGGGAGGAAAACAAGGGUUGCAACGCAUGCUUCCAUCCAAUCUCUCUCCAAUCCUUCUAUGGUUGUAUGGAUUGUGAUUUCUUUCUCCACAAAAACUGGGCUGAAUCUCCUAGAAGGAAAUGGCAUAUGCUACACAAUGAAUGGCUUACUUUAGUUACAAGCGAAUCGACUUGCUUUAGUUGUGAUGCUUGUCAUAGAAUGUCCAAUGGCUUCAUGUAUCAACAUGGGGAUAAGAAAUUUGAUGCCCGGUGCAGUUCAAUUUCUGAGCCAUUUGUUCAUCCGAGUCAUCCCCAUCAUCCCUUAUAUUACAUUCCACGCAACAAAAUCGAAAUUUUCAGUGGUUGCAACGAGUGGGUAACUUAUGUGCUCAGAUGCAUUGAAGAUGGUUGUGAAUUUGUCUUGGGAUUCAAAUGUGCCACUCUACCACAAGUGGUAAAGCAUAGAGUUGACGAUCAUCCUCUCUCACUAUGCUAUGGCGAAGAAGGGUAA